UACUGUCAAAAAUCGCGUCCCCUAAAUUUUGAUGAUCAUUAAUUUGUGAUUUCUAAAGAAUUUGCUAAAUUUCGAUUUAUUUUCUAGUGUUAUUUGUUUCCACUUUAUAGUUUUAUCUUAUCCUGAUAAGUUAAAAAGCGUCCCUAAACUUUUCAUUUGAUAAUACUAGUUUUGAAAUGGUUCGCGGUGCCGGCAGAGGCAGAGGACUACCAGGAAGAGGCGGUAUGGGGCGGCCACCAUUCAACAGACCCCGAGUGUUAAUGCUCAGGCCACCUUUCGACCUGAUUCUAGCUGAACCAGCUUUCCCCAGGUGUAAACCGGCUCCAGAUGAUUCAGCAUUGACUCAGGCUUUACUAAAACGCCAUGCUGAGUUAUGCCCUACCCCAGCAGAGCAGUCAGCGGUGUUGUCUCUGGUCACAAAGUUGCAGACAGUACUGGAUAAUCUUGUGGUGGCUCCUGGAGAUUUUGCAGCAUGUCAAUUAGAGGAAGUCCGUCAAGUUGGUUCAUACAAGAAGGGGACGAUGAUGGCGGGCAAGAAUGUGGCAGACAUUGUUGUUAUCAUGAAGACUUUGCCCACCAAAGAGGCUGUUGAAGGUCUUUCUAAUAAGGUGAAUGAGGAGCUGAACAAGCUGAUGCGUGCGGAGGGACUGGGCAACGUGACCAGCGCAUGUCACGAGCGCGGCUUCACCGUCAGCGCUAGUGCUGCUGCCGUCAGAGUUCUGGUGACCACGCUGCAUCAGAAUCUGCGUAAAUUGGAGCAGGAUGUGCAUCUGGACUACAAAGUCAUAAACAGCCACCUGGCUGCUAUCAGACACAGCCGUUGGUUUGAGGAGAAUGCUCAUCAUUCUUCCAUCAAGGUGCUGAUUCGUCUCCUGCGCGACAUGUGCGCGCGUCACGCUGGUCUGGAGCCGCUGACGCCGUGGAUGAUCGACCUGCUGGCGCACCACUGCAUCAUGAACAACCCCGCCCGACAGGCGCUGCCCAUCAAUGUUGCAUUCCGUCGCGCGCUGUCCCUGCUGGCGGGCGGUCUGUUCCUGCCGGGGUGCGCUGGUCUGCCGGAUCCGUGCGAGGCGGCGCACGCGCGCGCCCACACCGCGCUAGACCUGCCCGCUCAAGAUCACGCGGCCGCCACCGCGCAGACUCUGCUGCGUGUGGUCGCCCGCGGCGGUCACCGCUACGUGCUGGGGCUGCAGCCGUUCGAGGGCGGCAAGGACAUCUCGACCGAGAUCACGGUGUGGGACGGCGUCGUGGUGUCCCCACUCGCGCCCGCCUACCAGGAGACGCCGGAGCCCAUGGACACCGAUGACAAGGAAGAGGAAGGCGCUCAGGACGGCGUGGCUGCUUAGGAUAAGUCUAUACAAUUAUACUAACUUUCCGAUAAGAUCUUAAAUAAAUACUUUAUAAUUUA